CGUUGCUAGGUACUGCGAGUACAAGUCGAGUAUGCUUAGAGUAUUAGGAGUCCGGGGACUACUAGAUAUAGUACCACAAACGUCACUUGUCAAGCCAUAACGCCACAAAUAAAAGCAAAACAAACCGAGUUUAUUGUUGGAAAAGCUUGCUCAUUUUUUGAAACCAUGAACAUUUACCAAUGAUUUUAAACAUGAUUAUUAUAUUAUAAAAUCAGUACAAGCUUAGAGUGCAUGAAUAAUGGGCGGUUUACACAUACUUCUGUGAUUCAAAUGCGGUUAUACUCUUAGGGAAAAAUGGAAGAUACUUUAACAAUCCACGAUUUUCCCACUAUUUGUAGGAUAUGCAUGAAUAGAGGUGACCUCAAGCCCUUUACAACGGAAGAAUUAAUAGACAUUUUCAAAACCAUCACAGGAAUAGAGUUGGACUUUGAGAUAUUACCUCAAAAUGUCUGCAACAAAUGUACAAAUACCUUGGAGACCAUUUUAGAAUUUAUAAAAGAGUCAAAAUCAAGUGAUGUAUGUCUCAGGGAAGUUUAUGAGAAAAGUAAGUUUGAAGAUGAAUUAGAUGACUUCGUAGAUGAUAAUGUGUUGGAUCCAGAUUGGGGAUCCGAAGAUGAGAAAGAAAAGAAGAAAGAGGUGAAAGAUGAAGAGGCUACAGAUGAAGUAAAGGAAGAGAAUGAUAGUGAUACUUCAGUUAAAUCAGAGAAAAGGCCGCGCAAAAGGAGACGAAAAACCAGACAAAAAUCAGAUUCCCCAGUCAAAGUAUCUCGGAAGCCUGUACAGUGUAAUGUGUGCAAUGUCACAUUCAACCUUAGGAAAGACUAUAACAAACACAAAAUGAAAAAUCCUGAAUGCAAUCAAGGAAAAGAGUAUGAGUGUGAUACUUGUGGCAUGAAGUUUCCAUAUAGGUAUAAGAUGGAGACUCAUAUGAAGUCUCACAAUGAAGAUACACCCUAUGAAUGCAAGGUUUGUGGUAAAAAGUUCAAAUUUCAACAUAAUGUUAGAAGACAUGACAAAAUAGCUCACAAAGGACUAAAACCAUUCAAAUGUGACAUAUGUGGAAAAGAGUUUACAGCAGCAUAUACGAAGAAUGAUCACAUGAACAAACAUACUGGAGCUAGACCCUAUGUCUGUAAGAUAUGUGGAGAAUCUUUCCAGACGUUUUCACAUUUCAGUCAUCACAGACGGACACAUGUUGAGCAGUAUACCGUCAAAAAGAAAAUGGUAUCCAACCAGCGCAACAUGAACUUCCUCUGUCCUAUUUGCGGUCGUUCUUUCCUCUCCAAGUACUACUUCGACAAGCACUCUGUAAUGCCAUGCGAGAAGAAAAUCAAAGAAAAAGGGCAAGUGCGGCAAUCGAAGGAUUAUCUGUGUUCCACCUGUGGGAAGACGUUCAUAGCUCCAAGUUAUUUGGAGCAGCAUAUUAGGCUUCAUACGGGAGAAAAACCGUUUAAGUGCGAAACCUGCGGGAAGGCUUUCAGACUCCUUCAAACGAUGGUAGGCCACAAGAAAAUCCACACCGGCGAGAAACCCUUCGAAUGCGACGUAUGCCAUACGCGCUUCCGUCAGAGGGCGCACCUAAAAACCCACUUGCUAACACAUACCGGAGAAAAACCGUACGAAUGCGGUGUAUGCGGUAAUCGGUUUGUCAGCGCCGGCAACCUGAGAGCACAUGCGCGGAUACAUACAGGGGAAACCCCGUAUGUGUGUCCCGUCUGUCAAAAGGGUUUCCAUGAGAAGAGUGGGUACAAUAAGCAUGUUAAGAAGCACAAGGCUCAUGCGGAAGCGAUGCAUCAGCCAACUGGUAACGCUGCGAUGAAUAAUCAUUAUAGGCACUCGUCCCCAGUGCAUAUAAUGCUUGAGCAGGACCAGAUCAAGGUUGAUCCGAUUCAGUAUAAUUAGAUAUUUUCAGGACGUUUUUUCAUACCUUAAACGCCGAUUCCUGUACCUUCUCAUGCCAGUGGCAAUAAUGACCGAUUUUGCUCCUGCUGGGUGGCGCUUGUGUGGUUGGGGGUCAAGCUGUCAAAAGUAAAUGGAAAAACAUAGUUUUGAUAGAAAGGUAACUAAUUUUUCACAUUCUUUUUCUACGCCGAAGCAUCCGCGCAGGCAGAAACCUAAAUGCUAGUGCACUGCGACAGCUAUGAUAAACUUAAAGACAAUUUGAUAAUUCGAUGUCUGAAUUGCCUAAAGUUAGUAGAACUGGGAAAAGCCUCCUCAUAUAAAUUGUUCCACAAUCUCGAUACUUUAGGGACAAAGGAGCAGUCGAUACGCCAGUUCUUGAUGUGUGAAGUUUGGCACAGUUCGGAUGGGAGUCCGAAGUCAGGCGUGUCUGUCUGAGAGGCACAUCGCACGGUGACAUCAUGAAGGAGAGCUCUGAGGAGUAAAGCCCGUUGGCGUAGCGGUAGAAGAGAGCUAGAUCACCGACGGCCCGCCGGUACGAAAGGGUCCCGAGACUAUCCGAUAGAGAAGAGUAAUCGAUGAGUCGGACAGCCCUCCUCUGAACAGCACCCCAAACAUGUGAGCAGUACUCGUGGCUAGGUCUUAUCUGGGCCUUGUGCAGAAUGAGUUUAUGUGGAAGAAAUCAACUUCUUUACUCCAAGGAAAUAGCCUAGCUUUUCCCCAGCAGCUCCCGCUGUCGACGAGACGUGAUCCUGCCAGAUCAAUUCGUCGGUGAUCUGGACUCAGAUCAGCCGAAAUGAUCGGCUUUUUGGUAGAACUCGGCUAUCCAUCAAAACCAGCUGCACGCUAGUACGCUUCUUGUUAGUCAAGGUACAGUACUGUGUUUUGGAAGCAUUAAACUGUACUGAUUGUUCCACCCCAAGCAGUGAUAACCUCCAGGUCUCGACAGAGAGGAAGUCGCUGCUAUUCUUCUUUUCUCAAACUCACUGGCAGAGGUCGGCUUGUCACUCUGUAUUCCUGCAUGUAGGGUGCUGUCAUGGGCAAAGCAAAAUCGGAUCGAUCAUACAGGAGAGGAGGUCGUUGAUGUGUAAGAACAAUUUCAGAGCCAAGACCGAUCCCCGGGAAACACCCGCGUGGACGUUGUGGGAUGAACCCGUCAGUUACGACGGAUAUCUUGCGGCCAGAGAGGAAGUCAGCCACCCAUCUGCAAAGCUUUUCUGGGAUGCCAUAGGAUAGAAAUGUGCAUAAGAGAGCAACAUUCCAGAGCUGAUCGAACUAUUUCGUGAUAUAAAGAUCAACGAUGGAUGAGUUUAUUCUAAUUGCAUGACGUAAGCUACAGCUCCCCCGUGGAUCGGUAGUGUCGUAAACCAUACUGCCUUUCGCUACGUUUGAGGUACUCGAGAAGCUCACGAUUUAUGCAUCUCACCAUCACCUUACAUAUGACAGAAAGCAGAGCUGUAGUUGUACGGGUCAAUUUUAGAUCCUUUGUUUUUUAGGAUGAUUUCCAGAUUCAUGCGAUAUCUUUAGGAUACGCGAAAGAACUGGGGCAAGCUCCGGUACACACCUCUUCAUUACCGGUACACACCUCUUCAUUACAACGGCCGUUUGACGUUUAUUGACGUAAACAUCUAUUCAAAUGACAUGUUUGUCUGUUGAUAAUCUUCUUCUUUAUCAUCAAUUUUUCUAUGGAUUCUAUGGAUUCGUGUCUACCCAAACUACUUGACGCCAUUUUUCCUCCUUAGCACAGUAAACACCGUGUUUGAAAAUCAGAGUGAUACUUUCCAGUUUAUAGAAUAGCGAAAAGUAUCAGAAUUGGAAUUUGAAGUAUAUAAUUCUGUUUUAAGCCCAUCUAUGCUGUCAUUGUGUAAAUAUUCCUCCUUUAUUAUGAAAUUUUAUAUUGAAACGUCAUGCGCCAUUUUUAAAAGUAUUCGAUAUUUAUUUUUUAUGUAUUAUAUUAGAAAUUAGUUAUAUGCUUUUUAGUGAUUAUAUUGUAAUAAACUUGAUAUUAUACCAACGUGUUUUUAUAACUCUUAAGCGUCUACCGCUACAAAAUAAAGUCUUAUCGCUAAAAGUUUUACCUUCUCGUAUAUUUUAGAAAUUAUCUGUAACCUUUAAAAUUCAGCAUAUUUUAUGAUACGUUGCCACGCGCUUUCAUGAACCGUUGAAUUUUGAAUUGAAUUUAUUGUAAGAUUACAGAAUCAGUUUUUCUUAUCUGAUUCUGAAACAAAAUAUUAAUAUUUGUAUGGUUUCUUGUACAAACGAUCAAUGGGGGACUUCCUAACCUGUGGAGCAAACUCGUCCAGUCAUUUGGUGAUUUUCAUGUCAAUGCCCUGGAUGUCUAGCUUAAAGUCUAUUUAUCGACAAACAACAUUAAACUAAAACAAUAACCUGCGUGAUCAGCACAUUGAUGUAUAUCAAGAAACGGGGAGGAGGACCAAUGCCAAACCAGGAAGGUGGAGUGGGAGACGAUACGGCGGUGCAUGCAGCUCGCCGACCCUGUAACCUGCUGGGCAUUAUUAAGCUCAUAUAGUAAACAGUAGAAUGAGCUUUAAAAGUUAAAAUUUGCUCACUAUUGAACCACCUUUUUGAA